AUGAUUAAAAAUGUAAAAUCCUUAGCAUUAUUAUUUUUAUUACUUGAAAUAAUAUUAGAAAAAUAUACCAUUAUAUGUGUUAAGAAAAUCAAUUUUUUUAAUUAUAAAAGCAAGAAUCAAAUUUUUAGCAAAAAAUCAGAUUUAUUAUAUUUUUUGCAGACAAAAUGUAAAACUAAAUAUAUACAUAAGAUAUAUGAGAAUAAAAAAAAUAUAAAAGAUAUAAUUAAAGAAUCUUUAAAUUUGCCUAUUCAAUAUUUGCCAACUACAUAUAAUAGUUUUGAUAGACAAAUAUUUAUUCAAAACAUAUGGAAUAAUGAACAGAUAUAUGAAAAGAGAAAUUUAAAAAAUAUAAAAAGAUGUAUAUAUAAUUAUUGCAACAAAGAAAACGAAUUAAAUAAUGAAAUUGAUAAAAAUAAAGCAAAUGCUUUGUACAAGAAGGAAAUAUUAAUAAAUGAAUUUAUCAAAGAUAAAAAAAUUGUAACCGAUUUAAGAAAAGAAAAUGUUAUGAAAUUUAUUUCUAAUGAUAUCUUAGUAAAAAGUAAUAAUAAUACCUUUUUAAAUAAAUUUCAAGAAUUAAUAGAAAAUAAUAAGAAAAAAGAAACAUAUAUAAAAAAUAAUAAAAAAAAAAUUAUAUUAAAAUUAUAUGAGAGAAUAAUAAAAAACAUAAAAAUUAUACAUGAUGGCCCACCUUAUGUAAAUAAUGACAUACAUAUUGGGCAUAUAUUAAAUAAGAUAAUAAAGGAUAUAUAUUUAAAAUUUCUUUUAUUUCAAAAUUUUUUUGUUUUACUUAUACACGGUUUUGACACUCAUGGAUUACCUAUUGAAUACAAUGUAAUGAAACUAUUAAAAAUAAGCAAUAUAGAAGAAUUAAAUUUAAAUUCCUACCCUAUAGGAAAGGCAAGCAUAAAAGAAAACACAUUUAACAUAGACAUAUUGAGUACAUUAAAAAAGGAAUCUCAAAAGGAAGAAAAUUAUUUUCUUCUUAGCUUAUUUAAUAAAAUUAAAGAUAUUCAGAGUAAUAUAUUAGAAAAAAAGGUUAAAUAUUUCAAGAAUUUAUGUAAAUGUUAUUCUUCCUAUUUUAUAAAUGAACAAUUAAUAUCUUUAAUUUCAUAUGGAAUCUGGGGAUACUGGAAUUAUUCAUACAUCACUUUUUAUAAGUUAUAUGAAAAUAUUCAAUAUAAGGUUUUUCAGAAUCUUUUAAAACAUAAAUACAUUUAUAUAAGCAACAGACCUAUAUACCACAGCUAUGCAACAAAAACCGUUUUAUCAGAUAGUGAAAUAAUAUAUAAAAAAAGAGUUUGCAAUUCUUUUUAUUUUUUUUAUAGUUUCAGCAAAGUAAGUGAUCAUUUUUUAUUAUAUAUUUUAAAAGAAUUUAAGGGAAAUAAAUUAUUAAAUGAAAUUUUUCAGCUUAAUGAAGAAGAAAUGGAAUUUUAUUUUCAAAAUUUGAACUCAUUUAUAGAGUAUAUAGAUUUAAACAAAAACGAUAAUGAUUAUUUUAAUAAAUUAAAAAGCCAAAUAAUAUAUAAAAUAAUAUCUAAUAUAAAAAUUUUAGUUUUCACAACACAAAUACACACUAUUUUUAAUAAUAAAAGUUUGUUAAUACAUGAAGAAUACUUAUAUAGAAUUGUAAAAGUAAAUUUUGAAAAUUCCGAAAGUCUCUUUUUUAUUAUAAGCGAUAAAUCUUUUGAUAAUUUUUAUAAUGAUCUAAAAAAAUAUUAUUGCAAAAAACCAACAAUAGUAGGAAUACAAAAUAUUACUACUUUAAAGGGAAAAUAUUUUCAUUCAUGCAAAUAUGUAAAUUUUAUUGAUAAGAAAAGUAAUGAUUUUAUUUUUGUUUCAAAAAAUGAAAUUAAGGAAUUUUUUGGUACAGGUAUUGUUCACUUGUCUCCAUCUCAUGGAUUUAUAGAUUAUAAUUUAUAUUACAAAAAAAAUAAAUUAAAAAAAAUAUAUUUAAAUGAGAAGCAUUUUUCAGAAAUAAAAAAAGAGAAGACAAAUGAUUACUAUUAUAAUAACUUACAACUAAAAAAAAGACUACGUGAUAUAAGUAGUAAUAAUAUGAUAUACAAUUUUCUUAAUUAUAACAAUAAUCAUUUAUUAAAUUAUAAAACUUUAAAUAAAGAAAAAAAAAAAAAAAAAUUUUCUUUUGAUAUUAUUAAUCAAAACGUUAUUGAUGAGAAUGAUGAUUUGAAAGAAGAAUAUAAGCGAAUUAUUGUAAAAAAUAUAAAAAAUAACAUCCAUUUGAUAGAGCAAAAUGAAAAUAAUUGUGAACAGAACAUAUUAAGUAACUUAGAAAAUAAUAAAAUAAAUAUUAAUAGAAAAGAUAUACAUUUAUUAUUUUUUUAUUCAUUUUAUCAAAAUAUACUUUUUUAUUUUCCAUAUGAACAUUCCUACACAUUUGAUUGGAGAUCUCACACAACUGUUCAAAUCAAAUCACUAUUACAAAUAUAUAUAGAUAUAAAAAAAAUAAAAAACAAAAUGUUUUUUAAAAGUAUAAACAAAAUAAAAUUUAUUAAUGAUCAUACUAAAAAAAGUUUGAUAAAAACUAUUAAAGAUAGAAAAGAAUGGUGUUUAAGUCGACAAAAAUAUUGGGGAUUGAGCAUUCCUCUAAAGGAUAUUAAUUUAAAUAGUGAACAUAAAAUAAGUUUUAAAAAGCAGAUAAUGGAUGUUUGGUUUGAUUCAUCCAUCUCUUAUUUAUACGUUUUUUAUAUGCUUAGACAUAUUUUAUUUAAUAUUUAUCUUAAAAAAAUUAUUUCAUCACUUAAAAAUGUAAGUUUCAAUCCAAAAGAAAAAAAUAAAAUAAUUUUCAUUAAAAAAUAUAAUAAUAAUAAUAAUCUUUCAUUUAGCAUAUAUGAUAUUUACGAGGAGAUAUUAAAAAAGAAAAACAAUAGAUUUAAUUUUUCUAAUGAAAAACAUUUGUUAAAAGAUAUAUUGGAAAAAAAAAAAAUAUUUGACCCUUGUAAAAUGUAUAAAUGUAUAAUAAACCAAAUCUAUAAUAAAAAUAACUUCUUUAAAUUACAGAAUGUGAAUGAUAUACUUUUUUUAAAAAGUAAAAAUCAGAAAAAAUUUUUUAAAAAUUCUUUAAAUAUACAUUUGUGUUGUGAAGGGAUUGAUCAAAUAAGAGGAUGGUUUCAAUCCUUUUUUUUUAUUUUUUUUUCUUUGAACACAAUAAGAGAAAAUAAAAUGGAACAUUCUUUUAAUAAAUUACCUAUUAAAAAUGUUGUUGUACAUAAUUAUGUUGUUGACAAAAAUAAUAUUAAAAUGAGUAAAAGUUUAAAUAAUGUUAUAACACCUAGAGAACUAUUUUUAAAAUUUGAUAAUGAAAAAAGUAAAAAUCCUGUUUUUAAUAAAACAGAAAGAACUAAAAAAAAUGUUACCAGGAAAAAUAUAAAUGAUAAAAGUACAAAUAUUAAAGUAGUGAAGAAAAAUUUGGAGAAAACAAAUGUUGAUAAAAACGUACAUAAAAUAAUAGACAAAAAUACAACCCACGAAAAUUUAAUUAAAAAAUCAAUAGAAAAAAACAACGAAUUAAAUAAAAGAUUUAAUGCAGAUAUUGUUAGAUUGUGGUUAUGUUGUUACAAUUUUGUUAAUAAAAAUAUAACUGUGAGCUUUGAAAUUUUAGAAAAUAUAAAUAAAUAUAUAUACUUAAAAAUAUACAAUACUUUUAAAUUUUUAUUUAAUAAUAUAUGCGAUUUGAAUUUUUCUGAUAAGAAAUUAAAAUUUAGAGAUAUUCAAAUAAUGGAUAAAUUUAUUUUAUAUAAAAAAGAUAAUUUAAUUAAAGAUUGUAUAAGUGCCUACAAAAAUCUCAAAUUACAGUUGGUUCUAAAAUACAUUUUGAAUUUUAUAUAUAAAGAUUUAGCAAUUUAUAUCGACUACAGUAAAGAUAGAUUGUAUAUAAAUAAAAAAAAUUCUAUAAGUAGAAAAAAUUGUCAAAAAAUUUUUUAUAGAAUAUUAAUUGAAUUGUUAAAAUUAUUAGCUCCUAUAAUACCACACUUAUGUGAAGAUAUAUAUUAUAAUAUUCAGAUUCUAAGAAAAAAAAAAAAAAUUAAAUCAAUUUUUUUACUUCAAUUUCCGGAAUUUAAAAAUUACAAGGAAGUUAAUUUAGAUAUUUUGUUUUUAAUAAAAAAUUAUAUUCAUAAACAAAUAAAUCUUUACUUUUCAAACUCACUACAAGCAAUAGUCUACAUUUAUUCUGAUAAUAAGGAUUUAAUCAGUUUAAUAAAGAAAUUUUUGAAAACAUCAGAUCCUUUGGAAAAUUUUACCAAUUAUGAUGAUUUACGUUUUCUCUUCAACAUAUCUAAUAUUUUUAUAUGCAACGAUUUGAGUGAAAUAGAAAACAAAGAUAAAAAUUAUAAAACAUAUAAAAUACCUUCUUUAAAUUUUAAGCAUAAGGAUGAAAAUCAAAAUAUGGAUUGUUUUUUUCAAAAAAGUUAUGGGAAUAAUAUUCAAGACAUGUUAAUUUUUGAUGAAAAUUCAAAUUAUUCACACGUUCAUAUAGGAAUAGCAAAAGAGGAAUCAAAUAAGUGUUCUAGAUGUUGGAUGUAUGGUAAUGUGAGUUUAUUUGAAGGAGAAUUUUUUUGCCCAAGAUGCUUAGAUGUUAUCAAAACAUACUUUAAGUAA